AUGCAAUUUAAGACGUUAUUGACCGUGGCGUUGGCCACGAUGGUAUACGCCAAAAACGUCCUCGACAUCGACCAGAUCUUGUCGCAACCGUGGAAUCCUACCAGCAUCAUUCCCACCGACUUCUUCAAGGAAACUAUCAACAACUUGUUGAGUGCGGAGAACCACCCACAAGUUUCAUCGGACGAUUUGAACCAGGCCGUGGGCACUCAGCUGUUUGACGUCGAUGGCACCAAGUAUCUCGAAAUCUUUGAAAUCAAAGACGAGUACCCGCAAAUUCUCGAAAAAUUAAACCAACAUCGUGAUGACAAUGACAAGAUCACCGGUGAGCAGUUGGACAACGUCAUCAACGUGUACUUGUUGAAGUUGGAGCUGGAGGCUAAGUCGCACAACUUGUACCACAAGCUCGUCCAACUCUCAGGCGAUCAACAAGUGGUGAGCUUAGAGUCAUUUAAAGAGGCACUUCAAGCGGAAGCGGCGCAGUUCCAACCGUUAUUGGACGCCAUCAACCGUUACACUAACGAUAAACGCGAAGCGAAGAAUGUCAUCAGCUUAGCCGACUACAAGUUUGAAUUACCUGAACAAUCAAAUGAAAAGCGUGAGAAUGAAGCUGAAGAACAUAGCUUAAAGACUUUGAUGGCCGCUAAGUACUUGGAUAAGAGGGGACAAGCCAGCCACAAGAACCGUUUACAACAUUUGAAGCUCGCCAAGUACAACGACAAACGUGAAGCGAAAAACAUUUUCGACUUGGCUCAACUCCAAGCUGAUCUUGACAACAACAACCACGAAAAGCGUGAAGCCAAGAACGUGUACAAUUUGGCCCAACUUCAAGCUGGUAUCGAUGACGAAACUAAUAACGAUAAGCGCGAAGCUAAAAACGUUUACAACUUGGCCCAGCUCCAAGCUGGCCUUGACGAUGAAGUCAAGGAUAAGCGUGAACCCAAGAAUGUCCUCAACUUGGCUCAACUUCAAGCCGAUAUCGACAACGACAAUAACCACGAAAAGCGUGAGGCUAAGAACGUCUACAACUUAGCCCAACUCCAAGCUGGCGUUGACGAUGAAACCAACGAUAAGCGUGAAGCUAAGAACGUCUACAAUUUGGCCCAACUUCAGGAUGCCGUCAACGAAGAAAACGGUAAGAGAGAACCCAAAAACAUCAUUGACCUUUCCGCGGUGUUGACUGAUCUCGACAAGCCUGGUAAGCGUGAUGCUAAGAACGUAUUCAACUUUGCUGAGUUGGCCAAGCUUGAAACCAAGCCGGGGAAGCGUGAAUACACUUUGGCUGAUGUGUCGGCCAUCAUUGACCUCAUCAACCAAAGACAACAAGUAUUGAGCCAAUCUCUGGGUCCGGUGUUGCAAGAAGUGUUGCCACAAAUGAGAGACAUCUCCAUCUUCACCAGAAUGAUCCGUGACAACGCUGGUAUUGAAGCGAUGACGGAAUCGCGUGACCAGGCGUUGUUGAUCCUUGCGCCGCUGGAUGAAGCCAUUGCUAAGUUACUGCAAAAGCCGUGGGAAUUCCCCACCCCGGUCGUCGGAGACAAGUCUGACGCCAUUGCUGCUGAAAACUUGGACUCGUUCUUGAAGGGGCACAUCGUCGAAGAGUUCUUGUCGUCGUUGUCGACUGAAGGCGUCGACGCCUGGUUGAUGAACGGUAAGCCCUUGACCAUCACCAAGCAAGCUGACGGCAAGGUCUUGGUCAACUACGAGGACAGACAUGUGGCGGUGCGCGACCUUAAGCAAGAGGCGAACGGGUACGUGCUCGUCCUCGACGAAUGUCUUGUUCAGCCUUAA